UGCUUAAAGCGAAAAGGCUCCUUAACUUUGUUGUUUCUGAGCUCAGACAAGCUUUUUCUUCAUCACCACGACUCGAAAAGUCCUUUCAGCUCUUAGCCUGAAGAGAGAGAAGCAUGCUCCGCUGCAGGAGGUGUCGGAAAGGCAUCGUAGACUCAACAUGUUUGUCAAUGGUUGAGGCCACAGAUGAAAGCUCAGCUGCUGUUUGCAGUAUUUGGCACGUGAAUGUUGACACGCUGCCAGAGUGGAUACUGACCUCAGUUCACCAGGCCCAGUGGACUGUAGGAAAACUCAACUGCCAGAACUGCGGAGCUCGUUUGGGCGGCUUCAACUUCAUCAACCGCAGCGAGUGUCCCUGCGGACGAGACGCCGCAGUCCACUUCAACAAAAGCAGAGUGGACCGAGACCACAAACACUACGUCCUCAUCGUCCAGCCGAGGAGGACGAGGCCUGAGAAGCAAGCGGCGGGUCUGCUGACGGACGGCUCUCAGAGCAGAGAGCAGAGGCCUGAUCUUACCAGGACCCCUCUGGACAGCUUACAGCUGAACUGUGCUGCUGUCAUGUCCCACAUCAGCCCUGCCGAGGCCUCCAAUUCUCUGACUGACAGUGAACACAGCCAGUCGUUCUCCUUCAGCCCUCUGUACUGCAUCUCCCACAGGAGACGCUGCAGUUUAGAGGACGACACCGCCAUCAGGUCCUCGUGUUUUUGCCCUUCAGUCAAAUCUGCUGCUGAGAGUACAGGGAGCCACGAGUCGACACAGUCAGCGGUCUCGUAUCCCACAAGUCAACAGUUUGACACUAGUGGCGAGGCGUCCGUCAACGCUGUCGCCUGCCGUUCAUUUGUUCCUGGAAGGACGCGGUCACCUCUGGGUGGACGGCUGCUGAGAACUGUAGAGGAGGUGGAGUCUUCUCCAGAGACCACGGCCGUCCACGAGGACGUGUCUGCUCCAGCCCUGUUCCUCAGAGGGAGGUCCAUCUCUGACAGUGUGGCCGAGCAGCACGAUGAGGCCACGCCUCCAGCCUCUUUAGGCUCCCCCGCCUCAAGCAGGCUGAGCAAAAGAGAGAAGAACCGCCUGAAGAGUCUCCGGAGGAAACAGAGGAGGAGAGAGCGGUGGCUGCACAGCCAGCUGGAGCAGGCUGAGAGUGUGAGCGGGUCACUGCUGGACAGUGAGGAGGAGGACAGAGAGGGCCUGACCUGCGCCGUGUGCCUGGACGUCUACUUCAGCCCGUACAGCUGUCAGCCCUGCGGACACGUCUUCUGCGAGCCGUGUCUCCGCACAAUCGCCAAGAACCGACCGACCAACACACCCUGCCCUCUCUGCCGCACCCUCAUCUCACACACCAACUUCCACAAAGAGCUCAAUCAAACAGCCAAGACCUUCUUCCCUAAAGUGUACUACGCCCGCAAGCAGAACUUCCAGAGUGCUUCGUGUGCUAAAUGGCCUCUGCCCAGCUGUCGCAAACGCUUCCGGACCUUCUGGGGAGAGCACAGACAGGCAGCGGCGGCAGCAGGGAGACGCUGGCACUUCGUCCACGGAGGUUUCACGCUGGAUGCUUUGGACUUCACCGAUAUGCGCGGCUGGCUCUUUGACAUCGGCCUGGUCAUCGUCUACAUCCACUCAGUCAACUGGAUCCUGGCCUUCCUCUUCCUGUGUUUCCUCAUGUACUACUUCUUCCUUUGAGGAGUGGUUGAGAGUUUGCAGUGCAGGUUUAUCUGGAAAGUUUACAAUAACUGACUGAAAAGUAACUUGUGAGAAUUUGAACAGAGCUUUUUUUUUUGCCAGUAUUAAGUAAUCAUGGUGUAAGUGCAAUAAUGAACUCUGAGGUGUUCUGAUAUACAGAAAUAAUGGACAAGACUGAAGGACAAAAAUAUACCACUGCCUGAAGCAGAGUGGCAUCUUCUGUUAAUUAUGUUACUUUGGACAUCAGGAAAACCUUGUCAAACGCAUGGUGUUUGGUAGUGAAACCUUUGGUUUCUGGUAGAACUAUUUGGUAUUAACGGUAGUGAUGAUCAGACGGCGGGAAAAGAUUGAUGAAUGAUGCAUGAUGUAAUCCGACACUUUUUUUUUAACAAGGAAUAGUUAAAUAUUUUGUGGAAAUAUUCUUGUUCCCUUUCUUUCAGAGAGGUAGAAAAUCAAUACGAUUCAUGUCUGUGCAUAAAGUACAGUGUUGGUGCCGGGGGGCAAUUAGCCUAGCUUAGCAUGAAGACUGGAAGCAGCUAGAAUAACAGUAGAAGUUGGAAGUUAUGCGUUGAAACAGUAUUUCUCGGCAAAAGAAGCUGGGUGCAGUGACUGCACAGCUUCCCAUGUGCAGUUUGAAAUAUUGCAUUAGAAAAGCUGUAUGGAAAGGUGAAAUUUAAAAUUAAAUGACCACAUUUCUUACUCAAACUCUGUACUUAAAGGGAUAGUUCAGGAUUUUGGACAUUAAGUUGUAUGAAAUUCUUGCCAGAAGUGUAGUGGCUGCAAAGCUAUUAGUAGUGAUGUGCCAAUGAAGCCUCAUGAACCAUUCUCUUUAUUUUCUGAGACCACUAGAUGGUGCUAUUGGUUUAAAGAAAAAGGCUCAAGCAAUGGUUAUUGAGUG